AUGGUUGACCUCCCUCUCCUUCUUGCGACACUCUGCCUCUGGUUUGCCAAUCAAGCAACCGCUCAAGCAGACGUUGAUCAAUGUGCCUUGACCUGCAUUGCAAACGUCAACGGCACCAAUUGUUCUCAAAGUCAAUGGCCAUGUCUCUGCGCAAAUGACAUGUAUAUCGAACGGAUGAACAACUGCACCAUUGCGUCGUGCAAUGCCACAGCCCAACAAGAUACCUUUACAGUCGUUGCACAACUGUGUGCCAUAUUCGACGUACCUUUGACGAUUGGUCCUGAGGCCACUGUUCCUAUCUCUUCCUCCGAUCUCCUCUUCAGUACGGUAGCAAUACCUACCCAAUCGUCCUUACCUCCUGUCAUCACCUCGAAUGGCGCGAGCGCAAGCUCGACGACUGUCUCCAAUUUUGUUCCUGCAUACACCAAGUGCGCCGUCUCGUUCCCUCGGCCGUCGUCGUGCUUCUAUGCCUGCGCGCGCUGCUAUUCGACCGUGGCCGCGUCUCCCAAUCUCCCUAAUCCAUCCCUCCCACAAAUCUCUGCCGCCGAUUCUUCCUCCAUCACGGACGCCUCAAACAUCCCUCGCUCUCAUCUUUCACCGCGGGCGCUUGAAAAGCAGCCUGUCAGAGAUGCUCGUCCGGCCAUAACCUCGUCCUCGCUUGACAGACCAAUCCCUCCGGUUCCAGCGGCAGCGGCAGAUCCAGGGCGGCCAGCAGCGCAAGGGCCAGACCCGUUAUUGUUGACGUCGUCGUCUGCGGCCCGUCCGCCUGUCACCGAGCACGCACCCUUCGACCUGUCGCCGUCACGUCCACACACCACGGCGCAGAGCCAGAGAAGAUCUUUUCUCGAAGCUCUGCUAGCCCGACCGACCAACAAGAAAGUCCUCCCCCCAGACCAUCGAUCUGCCACCUCUCGCAUCUUGAAUCCCAUCAACCACGUUCCUCGACCCACCAAGGUGCGAGUGCAACCUCAGGAGCUGCAGCACAACCACCAACACCAGUCCUCGGCGGAAAUUGGUUCUGGCGAAGUCCAUACCCUCCUGAGCCUCCCCGAGCAACGUCGCUCGAGACAGCACUCCCCGACCGAUCCCAUCGUCGAACACAGCCCUCACCUCGCACCACAGGCAGCGGGCAGCCGCACCAGCGUCGGCUUGCCUCACGGUCACCAGCGCGCCGCCAACGUCCAAGAACCGCCGUCGUCCUCUCCCCCAGGAAUCGGUCUGAUGGUUGAUCUCGAAAAACAAGGGGCGGUCAAUGGCAUCAAAGAGCCCGAACAACGAUCACAACUCCCCUCGAGGUUCAGCACUCGAGAUCGUAAAGAUGUGGUAGACCAGGGUACUUCGGUUCUGGGCCAGAGUUAUGGUGUCAACCCUCUCGAUCAACCCCUCCAGCCGCCACGCCGCAUCACGUCCCAUCACUCCCUGAGACGAGCCCAGUCUGCCGCCUCGAUACACUCUGCGGGCUUUACACGGGCGAACACGGACGGGACUGCGCCCGUCAGUGGCUCACAAGAGGAAGAGACUGGCCCAGGUUAUCCCGGCGUCGAAGAAGGUAGCGUCGGCGAGGAACUUGUAUGGGGCAUAUCGCAUCCUUGUUUCCCACAUCUCAAUCCUCAUGUUCCCAUCAAUUCCCCCGAAUACGAAGCCACGCGGAUCAUUCGAAUACGAAGAGAUUGGAUGGUUCUUGGCGAUCUGGCUCCUACAUUUUCCAAUAUAUAUCCCGAGAUUCUCGACCCCCUGAUGCAGGAGCAAGAGUUCCGCUAUGUCAUUGAGCACAUCAAUCAAACCUUGGUCCAAGCGUACGAUCCCUUUUCUGCUUGGAAUUGGUUUGAUGGAUUCAUGGGCUUGAUGACUGGUUGGUUCUGGGAAGACUUUCGACCCACCGGUCUCAAGGGUCAAUUAAAGGGUUUGGAAGAAUGGCUAGAAGACUGGAAUCAUACAGUCGGUGCGAGAGACGGAGUGAAGAUCAUACCGCUUCGACGGACAGGGUACAUGAAUAUCGACAUUCAAAUCCCCGAUCCUCAAGUAAGAGUGGUUGGUGAUGGAGAUGUCGAGUCUCAACAACCACCUCCGACAGCACAGGCUCCUGAUACAAACGGCGGUCCAAAGUCUCCUUGAGACAGAAGAAGAAGCCGACAUUGUCAAAACUCAUUUCUUGGAUUCCCGUCCCUUGUUUCCUUUUUGACAGGCACAGGGACAUUUUAUUCUGUUGAUGAAGGAUUUGAAAAAUCCUCGACCUUGAUUUCAUUUGUGUCGGCACCAGAGAUAUUGGAUAUGGUAUGAUGGAGCUUGUUGUUGUUGUUGUUGUUGUUGUUGUUGUUGUUGUUGUUGUUGUUGUUGUUGUUGUUGUUGUUGUUGUUGUUGUUG